CUUCCGGUAGUGCUCUAGCUCUCCAGCUAGCUUAACUGAGAAAUAGCAACAGUGUUGCUACACCGCUGAGAAAACACAAACAAGACGGCGGCGCUUUAAGGAGUAUGAACGAAUGCAUGUCUUAUUCCCGGAGAAAUUUUUUUAUUUUCUCGAAAAAUCAUUUUAAGAUGUAGAAUAACGAGCAUGUUAUCUGAACUCUCGUGAUUGACUACUAUUAGCCAGAAGACCCAGCUGAAUAAAAAUACUUUCGACUGAAAAAGGAUGGAUACCUUACGAGAAGCAAGAGUUUUGAUGCUUACUUGACCUCAGUUUACCAGUUAUGUUCAGUUCAACUCACAAAAUGUCUUUGGAGGAGAGUGAUGUCCCAACUGAUGAGGACUGUGAAGAGCUGGUGGAGGAAGGUUUCACUCUCCCUUCUGAUAUUUCAAGCAAGAGAACAUCAAGGAAAAAGUCUACUGGGAGGCCUUCACCUUCUCCAAGGUCUCCAUAUCUCUCCAGCCUGAAUAUGAACUCUAAAAGAGCAGCAGUGGCAACCUGGAGACUGCCGAGGCCCUCCUUAGGGGACACUAGAGGCAACACUUCAAGGGAGCACCGCUCAGCUCACCUCACGUCCCUCAGCAACGGCCAUGGUGUGCCAUACAUGGUGAGUCUAGAGUCUGCUGACUGUUCACAGCUGCUAAAACAGAAAUCAAGCUUAAAGAAACACCUUUCUGCAUCUAAUGGGUUUACAAUAGGUGCUGGUGACUAUCAAGAUAAAGACAGCAUGUAUGACGAGAUUAUUCGCCUCAAAAAGACUCUACAGGCUCAGAAGUCUGACAACCAGCAAAUGAAAGUCAAACUGCGUCGCCUGGAGGAAGAUGGUGCUAAAAGAGAGAAACAAAUAGAAGAACUUUUAGACCCCACAAAAGGCUCUGAAUACAUUCGUAGUUUGGUCGACAAGAGAAAGGAGGGGAGUGUGAUUGUCAGUGGGCUGAAGCAGAGAAUCCUAAAGCUGGAGCAGCAGUGCCGAGAGAAGGAAAACUCGUUAAGUAAACUCCAAAGUGAGUUGAGGACCACCAACCUAGAGGAGCUGAGGAUCACUGUAGAAACAUACCUCAAGGAGAUUCAAAGAUUGAGGAUACUUUUAGAUUCUGCAGAGAAAAGCAGCAGUCGAGCAGAAAGUAAAUGUUCUCAGAGGCAGCAGAAAGCUUUAAGCUCCACCGUUCAUCGCUUGACUGAAAACGUGAAGCAUCUCCAACAGGAAAACGCAGCGCUCAGAGAGGAGCUCAACACGGACGACCCUGCUGCAGGAAUUAAAGGUUACAGAGAGUGGAGUAGACAAAGGUUGUUGAGGAGACUGUUAGAGGUGGACAGGAGGCUGGAGAGCAGCAGAAGACACGCCCAGUCAGUAAAGAGCAGAGCCACGUUCAAUGAGGAGGCCCCGGCUAUGCCCACAGAGGUCCCGGGGUUUCCCCUGGCAACAGAUGCAGUGGUCUCCAGGGGAACAGUCACUGAGCAAAAAAGAGAGGUUUCUGCUCUGAGGGAACGCCUCGGCCAAUUGGAGGAGGAGAGGGCGGAGCUUCAAGAGAGGCUGUCCAGUCAAAGUGAUGAAGUGAUGCAGCUGAGGAAAGAAAGAGAUGAGCUGGCAGAAGAGACUGAGCGGCUGAAAGCUAAACACAAAAAACAGCAGGACAGAGUGGAACAGCAGCAUCGACAGGAGUUGGAGCAGUUAUUGACAAGGAUUCAAACUUUGGAGGACAGAAGCGAACUCGUACAGACUGAGGUGUGCUCACCUUCUUCCACAGUGACGGAGCAUCCUGAGGCUCAGCGCGGAGAAGGUCAGGAGGGGGAAGAGGAGAGGCCUGCUGGGUAUCAGGAGGAGGAGGAAGGAGAGGAAGCACUGAACAUAGAUGCAGAGAUGACAAACAAAGAAAAGGCAGCUUUGAUCAUUCAGACAAACUGGAGACAGCACAGACAGAGGGACAUUGUGAUGUUACAGUCAGUGAUAAGGAGCCAUCUCUUCAGAAAUUCGUGGCUGAAAGAUUUUCUAAAAAACACAGAGAAAAAGUCAGAAGUUUCCUUAAACAGUAAAACUUCUGGUGGAGGCCUGGAUGUUGCUGCUUUGACAUUAAUACAAUCUGCCUUCAGGGGACAUUUGGCUCGUUGCAGCUUUGCAAUAAAGAGCUCAGGAUUCGCUGUGCCUUCUCCAACUGAAAACUGUCCACCUGCUCUGGUACCAGGCAGGGCUGGCUUCACAGAUUCUCCCAGGAGAAAAGGUUCUGCAUCUCUUAGUAAAAAUGCAGAAAAGGAAGAAGAUCUUCAUUCUGUCUCCAGCAGACAACAAGCACAAGCUCAACAGGAACUUCAUUUCUCAGCAGAGGUUGAUGCGGAUGCUGUAGUUGAAUCUGAUGAUUCUGAUGACAUUGUUGUGUCUCCGUCACGUCCAUUGAGAAACAGAGAAGUCCUAAUGCGUUAGCUCUUUGGGUUAUGUGCAUCAGUGACAGCCGUCAUACGCUUACUUGAAGAAUGGAUACGCUUUAGAUGAGAAUAAUAUUGAUUACACAAUAUUUGCUGUCUGAAAGACUCUACACAUUCAAUAAUCAGAAUACUCUCGGGAGUUAAACUUUGUACAACGUGGAGAUUUGUUGCACAUAAUCACUUACUAUGACAGGAAUGUUAUAAACAGCUCCUUAGUUUUUCUUUGUGUAGCUUUGAUCUAAGCAAUACUCCAAACUAUAAACGAUUUGUCUUCUCUGCUGUAAAAGCUGCUGCAUGAAGGAUCCUCAUUAAUCUUACAGCAGCAGCCCACAUUACUGUAAAUUAGCCUGAUCAUGUGUCAGUACGCCUGAUAUGAAAUCCAUAAACAUGACCUCACGCUAUAAAACACUUGUGAAAUUAUGGUUGAUCUUUGAGGAAUGAUGAGAAACCUGUCGUCAUCUGAUGCACUGCAGAGCAAAUCUGGAAAUAAAUUCUAGAUCUCUCUGCUGCAACACUGAACUGUCAUUCCAGUGCAGGAUGCACAACGUGAUUGUGAUGAUAAAUGAAACUAUGCUUGAAGAAAGAUAUUCAUUUGUAAAGCUGUCAAAAAAAGUUCAAAGGGCAAAGUUCUUCAUAGGUGUGUAACCUGAUUCAAUAAAAGGCUGUGUUUUUAUAAAUAUAGUUUCAGAUUGUUUCUUAUUUUGAUUUUGAAAUGUUUUUGUUUUUUUAUUUUGAUGUUUUUUUUAUUGUUUUUAUGUAAAAUGUAUUUUUACUGUGGUAAUUAAAAGUUUUUGUUAUCUUG